UGCAACAAAGUGAGAUACAGAGUAGCAGUUUAGUUCAAGUCUACUCCAACCCACAAACUGUCGGCACCAAACUCAGAUCACCCCCUCACCCAUCUCCCCAUUCAAUCCCCGCCCCCUCACAACAACCAGCUCAUCCGCCAUUGCUAAACUCGGCUCCAGAUAUCUCUAGAUUUGUUCAGCAUUGAGUUACUAGUCCUAAACUAGUCUUCUUCUUCAAUGUUGGUCCAAGAGCGCAGCAGCAGCACCAAACCCAAGUCCCCUAAGUUCUCUCAUCCUUCCCCCCAGAUCAGAGCCGUCGCCAAUUUCUCACCCAACCUCGACUUCUCCACAUGGUUCGCCGAAAACCUCUACAAGAUCGCCACCGUCCUCGCCCUCGUCGCCACCGUCGCCGUCCUCUUCAUGCUCCGCAACAUCGGCGACACGGCCGCGCUCCUCUGCUUCCAGACCCAGGCCCAGUCCCUCGAGAAAAUCCACUACCCCCACCUCGACGAGACCACCGUCCGCCGCAUCUUCGACAAGACCUCCCCCUACGCCGCCUUCCGAUCUGACAAGUGGAUCGUCGUCUCCGUCUCCGACUACCCGACCGAGCCGCUCCGGAAGCUCGUCAAGAUCCGCGGAUGGCAGGUCCUGGCCGUCGGGAACUCCAAGACGCCGGCGGACUGGAGCCUCAAGGGGGCGAUCUUCUUGUCCCUUGAGGAACAGUCGAAGCUGGGCUUCAGAGUUUUGGAGUUUCUGCCGUACGACUCGUAUGUGAGGAAGAGCGUUGGGUACUUGUUUGCUGUCCAACACGGAGCUCGGAAGAUCUUCGACGCCGACGACCGGGGAGAGGUGAUUGGUGGAGAUUUGGGGAAGCAUUUCGAUGUCGAUUUGGUAGGAGAGAGAGGGCAUAGGCAGGAGACUAUAGUGCAGUAUAGCCAUGAGAAUCCUAACAGGACGGUCGUAAAUCCCUACAUUCAUUUCGGGCAGAGGUCGGUUUGGCCUAGGGGUUUGCCCUUGGAGAAUGUGGGUGAGCUUGGACACGAGGAGUUUUACACUCAUGUUCUUGGUGGGAAUCAGUUUAUACAGCAGGGGAUAUCUAAUGGGCUGCCGGAUGUGGAUUCGGUGUUUUAUUUCACACGAAAAUCGGGGGUGGAGGGGUUUGACAUUAGGUUUGAUGAGCAUGCUCCCAAGGUGGCAUUGCCCCGGGGGAUGAUGGUGCCGGUGAAUAGUUUUAAUACUAUGUUCCAUUCCGCGGCGUUUUGGGGGUUGAUGCUGCCUGUUUCGGUUAGCACAAUGGCCAGUGAUGUGUUGCGGGGGUAUUGGGCGCAGAGGAUUUUGUGGGAGGUGGAUGGUCAGGUUGUGGUGUAUCCACCAACUGUGCACAGGUUUGAUAGAGUCGAGGGGUAUCCGUUUUCGGAGGAGAAGGAUCUUCAUGUGAAUGUGGGUCGUUUGAUUAAGUUUCUGAUUUCGUGGAGAGCAAGCAAGCAGAGAUUGAUUGAGAGGAUCUUGGAGUUGAGCUUUGCUAUGGCAGAAGAGGGGUUUUGGGGUGAGAAGGAUGUCAAGUUUACUGCUGCUUGGCUUCAGGACUUGAUUGCUGUUGGGUACAAGCAACCGAGAUUAAUGUCACUGGAUAUGGAUAGGCCGAUUGGAACUAUUGGUCAUGGGGAUCGAAGAGAGUUUGUUCCACAAAAGUUCCCAUCUGUUCAUCUUGGAGUUGAGGAAACGGGAACUGUGAACUAUGAAAUUGCAAAUUUGAUCCGGUGGAGGAAGAAUUUUGGGAAUGUUGUCCUCAUUAUGUUCUGCAGUGGCCCUGUGGAACGAACUGCUCUUGAAUGGAGAUUGCUGUAUGGGCGGAUAUUCAAAACUGUGAUCAUGCUGUCCGAGUCAAAGAAUCUGGACCUGGUUGUUGAAGAAGGAAGAUUGGACAAUGUCUACAAGUACCUACCCAAAAUAUUUGAUCGAUAUUCUGGUGCAGAUGGGUUUUUAUUUCUUCACGAUGACACCAUUCUUAAUUACUGGAAUCUUCUACAAGCAGACAAAGACAAAUUAUGGAUCACAAAUGAGGUAUCCAAGUCUUGGACCAAGGUGUCGCCAAAUGACAACUCAGAUUGGUUUUCAAAGCAAGCAAGCAUGGUAAAGAAGGUUGUUAGCCUGAUGCCAGCUCACUUCCAAGUCAGUUAUAAGAACACCAUACCUAAUCGCAAGAGCUUCAUAGUCUGCAGUUCUGAGAUAUUCUACAUCCCUCGUCGCUUCAUAUCUGAUUUCGUCGAUCUUGUUAAUUUAGUGGGAGAUCUGGAAAUCCAUCACAAAGUUGCCAUCCCGAUGUUCUUUCUAGCUAUAGAUUCACCUCAAAAUUUUGACUCGGUGCUAAGCAAAAUGAUCUUUGAAGAAGAAUCGCCUUCGAUUAAUUCUUCAUCCCUUUAUUCGGCCCAAGUGCCUGCCGUUCACCCUUGGAGCGUGUCAAGCGAACAAGAUUUCAUAAAGCUAAUAAGAACAAUGGCUGAAGGUGACCCUCUCUUAAUGGAGCUAGUCUAAAGGUUCAAAUUAGCCCGCAAAUCAUAUAUGGCCUUUCAUCAUUCGUUUGCAGCUUGAUAAGCUAGUCAAAAUCUGAGGAAUUGAUAUGCUGUGCAGUGCAAUAUUCUUCAAUAGCUACUUGGAAGAACCAAUACAUAAUUUAAAAUCGUUCCUGGGUAAACGCCGACUGUUCUCUUUGCUUGAAAGAUUUAAACUUCAGAUUAGAUAGCCACAAGCUAGUACUCAAUGUUGAAGUGUGAUUAGGUUGGUCUUAAACAUAUCUCAACUCAGUUCUAAUUAGGUUGGAUUCUUAGAGCAUUUAGAUAAAACGUGAGAAGUUAAUUGAUGAAGCAUAUAAAUUUUGAGCG